AUGCGUGGUUCCUCUCUCCUGUUGCUGUUGAUUGUGCUGAUUGCCACUAUCAGUACUAGUACUAGUACUACACUAGCAUGCGAUUGCAAGGCAGUAUCGGAUUCCUUUUUGGUGACUCGUCUGUGGAACAUUAUCGAUCCAGAAUGGACGGAUCAAAUGGUGAUUGACGAAUUCGACAAUGGCUUUGCUCCAGAAGUGACGGUACUUCCUGGGUUUCAAGAAUACGCGUCCGCCAAAACAGGAGAUGCUACGACAGUCUUUUUCAUGAAUAUCUUUGAAACGAGUGAAGACGCCAAAGCAGCCCAAGAAGGCGCCAAGACGUUUGUCCAAAAAGGCGCGCUGAAUGGCGCCAUUACUCCCAAUCAAUUUACCGAAACGGUACUCAACUUUUGGGUCCAACAUGCGGAUGCUGAUGAAUGCAAUACAGGUUCCUUUGUCGAUCAAUUCAUGGGCACCCAGUUGUGGACAUUGACGGAAGAUGCCGUCUUGGAAGGAAAUUGGACCAUUGAAAGUGUGGCGGAUGAACUGGAAAUGGGAUUUGCACCGACUAUUGUCAAUAUGGACGGAUUUUUGGAGUAUGGAGGAGCUUCGGUUACCAACACGGAUUUUGUCUUUUUCUAUCACGUCUUUGAAACACUCGAAGGCGUCCAGCAGUUUCGUGCCGAUGCUGAAGCCUUUGUCACGGAUCAUCCGGAACUCAAUACCGUCUUGGACAAGAUUGUAUUUACCGAAGGAGUCGUGGGAUUUGACUAUACCUGUGUGUCGGGAAAUUUGCCUGCCGAAGCAGAUGGAGCAGAUGCAGGAGGAGAUGGAGACUCGUCCUCUUCGUCCUCCUCGUCAGGCGGUGGUGAAACGGACGGUGACACGGGAGAAAGUGGCGGCAUGACCAAAACAACUUCAUUGACAACUGUCUUCUGGAUGGUGCUGUCUUUCUUCUUUUGA